AUGGAAAGGAAUCCAACCACAAUAUGUAGAUUUAUUGCCAAGUACAAGAAGACUGGGAAUUUCAAAAAUUUACCACAGUCAAGAUGGCCACCUGCUCUUAAUAAUAAUGAAAAAAAUGUACUUGUGACUGAAGUCUCAAAACAAUGUCAUACACCAUUAAUGUUGAAUACUCAGCACCAACCUUUAGAAGUUGUAG